AUGUCCCACCACAGGAGUAGUUUCAGUCAAUACUCGCAGUCAUUCAGCCAAAAUUUAGAUGAUUUCACCGAUGCUGAGCUGAUAAAACAAGUACACGACUUGAAGCAACAAAUAAAGGUUAUCAACUUGGAGAACGAAAUCUUAGAGAAGACUAUAAUGAGAUUAGAACCUGCAUUGAUGAAUGGCGUACAACAAGCUUUAGAUUACGCGAACAGGCUAGCCAGCAGUUCGUCGUUAAACGUCGGCAGUUUUGUUAAAUCGCAAAAGUCUGGCUUCGACUUCUCCGCGAGCCCUUCUAGGCUGCUGCAAAGCCCUUCGAAAGUAUCAACAACAAGACGAGUAGAUUCAUCAGCGAGGAUGGGAGGUACUGUCAUAUUCGGGACUGGUCCGAGGAUCAACGUUUUGGAACGUUCAGAAUUGGUUACUACGGAAAAAGAGAUUCUGGUAAUGAACAUGGAAAAGGAAAGAACAAAGGCUGCGAAACAACAAGCCCUUUUAAAGGCACAGUUGGAGGAGAUUGAUGUAAGGGAGGUAGAUAUACAGAAGGCGUGCGUGAUGUUCAAUCAAGAAGUUAUAGUAGAUGGUUGGGAUAAGAUAGCUCAGAGGAUACCAGCUGAAAUUUGGAUCAGAUUCAUGAUGGAAUGGGUUAAAAUUACAGACAGUCAAAUUGGAAAACUGCGCCUGAGAACUAGUACCCUGAACACUCAAUACAGCAAAUUGAAAGGCCAAAUCAAGGACAAAGCAGAACUUAGUGAAAGUCUGUGUCCGGUCGAUUUCGAGAAACUAGAAAUCGAAAACGGAGAAUGCGUAGCAAUAAUAGACAAGAAACUGCAACAAUUGGGAGAGCUGAAAAAGAUGACCGGUGAAGCUAAUUUAAAUCUUUCUGUACAUAAAAAAGCAAUGAUGGAGCAAAAUAACUAUUUGUCAAGUAUUAUAAAAACAAUAAAAGACAGACAAAGAAUGAUAUUGGAAUUGGAUAAAGAAAGGGACACGAUUAAAAUACAAGCUGAUAGUUUAGCGCAACAACUGGAUGAAGUGAAGAAAGUUAGGGACAUGUAUGAAGUUCCAGAGGGUGCAUAUACAAAGAAUUACUUUGAAUUCGGUGAUAAAGAAAUUGAAUUCAAUGUUACGGAAAUAGAGUUUCAGAGUUUCUCAGCUUUAGAAAGUUCUGAAUCGAUGUGA